GCCCCAAACCUUCCCUCAUUUCCACUCCUCCGCCCACCCACUCCUUCUUGCUCCACCUCCUUCUGUUUCCCUUUUAUUUCUCUGUAAGCCAUGAGCUCCUUCGAUUCUCUCAAAUCGACCCCUCUGAAAUCCAAAAAAUCUCUAAACCUAGCUUGCGAAUCUCCCGUUUCUAAAACCCCAGAAAAGCACGCCUCCCUCCUCCCCAACCGUGCUCGUAACCGUGGCGUCGCCCUCUCCAUCAAGGAGAUCCGGCAAGUGGCCCAGACCCGGGCCAAACCUCCGACCGACCAAAUCAAAUCGGCUCGGAAACAGAUCUUAUCCUGGCCCACUGAGUCUCCGGCACCCAAAACCUCCGGUGACCGUCCCGAUAAACUCCCUGAAAAGUAUGAGAUAUUGUGUGAGUUUUUUGAUAGCUUGGACUCUGCAAUCCGGCUGAUAAAAUUGAAGGGGUCAAUGCCAACUUUUACUAAUAUCAGCCCCAAAAUAGAGUGUUUGACCGAGAGGAGGUUUUCAUUCGGCCACUUAGCUCAAUUGAAGCAUAUAUUACCAGAGGUGAUUGAGAUAAAGAGAAUGCUGAUCUUUGAUGAGAAAACUAGUUGUAUGAAACCAGAUCUCCACAUUAGCAUCAUUGUGGAUGCGAUUGACUGUGGGGACAAGUCAAAAUCAGGAACUAAGAAUCUGAAUGUUAGGAGGGUUUUUCGAGCUCGGCUUGCAGAUUUUCUCAAGGCUCAUCCUGAGGGUGAUGACAUUCCAGAAGAUGACCUACCAGAGCCGUUCAAUCGUUUAAAGCAGAACCUGCGAUUGAACAUGAUCAAAGGACCUAUAUCAUUUUCAUCUGAUGAGUCAUCAACUGAUUCACUUACAGAGCAGCAAUCAUUGACAGGACAAGGUGAAGUUAUUCUAGACGAAACUCGACCACAGCCAUCCAAUCACUCAGAUUCCAGUUCAAAAAUGUCUGUGGAGACAUUAGCUGAUGUAGUUAAUGAGCAGCAACCUGUGGUAGCAUCUCAUGUAUCUCAAUCAUUUCGAAAGCGCUUUUCCCAGAGAGUCACAAGCAAAGCUCAGGAGGCUGUCCAAAAAUGUUUAAAGGUUUCCCUUCAGUCUUCAAAUUUUCAAGUUCUAGAGAUAUGUGCUGACGGAUUUGCCAUCAGUGACAAAACUAGCUCUGCUUCGACUCAAUCCCCAACUAAAUUGUUAUCUGAACCAACUACUGGGGAGAUGAGUCAUAAAACUUGUCUACCUGCAACUCCAGUUAAAGAGAUAAAUCCCUUGAAAGCUGAAGAUGGGUCCCCUACAAAAGCUGGCACUAUUCUGUCCACUCCUGCAAAACUAGCUUCAACGCCUGCUAGGCUGAUGACUGCCACCCCUACUCUACAGCCAAGGAAGAGAUGUUACAUGAGCCCAGAUGAGGUUUCUUCCAGUUCAUCAAACAAGUUAGUUAGGCGGCCACCACGUACUAGGUCCUUGAAAUUUGACACUCCUGUGAAGGAAGAGAAUAUUGUUGAUGAAGUACAGGAGAUGGCAGGCAAACCACUUGAUGAUGACGAAGAUGAUGCUCUUUCAAUUCUGCCUGAGAGCCUUCUGCAUUCAAUAAGGGAGAAAGAGAGGAAAGCGAUUGAGGAGCGAGAUCCAGCAAUCUCGCGAGCAAAGAGACGACAACAGAUGAUUGCCUGCCUACCUAAGCUCUUCAACAUGAUUCACUAUCUAUUUCAGUCAAUAAAGCGCUCUGUUAUUACCAAAGAGGAGCUUAUGCACAAAAUAAUUGCUGGCCAUUGUGAUAUUGUUGAUAGAGGAGAAGUUGAAGAGCAGCUAAAACUGUUGCUAGAGCUAGCUCCGGAAUGGAUAUCUGAAAAGCAGGCCUCUGCCGGGGAUUUACUUGUUUGCAUCAAUAAAGUGUCAAGCCCAGAGUCAAUACGAGUGCGGCUUCAAGAAGCAAAAUGAAUGGGAGGAUUAGUGCGCAGUUCCAUUAAAUUAUUCAAGAAAUCAUAUUGACAGCUGGAGUUCAAGUUUCAGUCUAAAUUCAGCUUUUUGUAAAUUUUUGAUACAAGGUUGUUUUAUGUAUGACCAUACUUAGGUAACAGAUGUAGGAAGGUAAGAUGAAAUCUACUAUUGAGUUUGAUUCACUAUGUCAAUAAAAGUGAUUGUUCUUGACUUUGUGUUUAAA